GCGUCCCCUGCAGCCGCGCAGGCAGGCCGGCUUCUGCGAGACCUGGUGCUCCGGCCCCGGUUCUUGGUUCCCGGGUCUCAGGUGGUUCAGUGCACCUCCAGAAGAUGGCUCAACCUACAGGAGUACCAGAGCAAGAAACUGAUGUCUGACAAUGGAGUGAGAGUUCAAAGAUUCUUUGUAGCAAGCACUGCCAAUGAAGCUCUGGAGGCUGCUAAGAGACUAAAUGCCAAAGAGAUUGUUUUGAAAGCUCAGAUCUUAGCUGGAGGAAGAGGAAAAGGUGUCUUCAAUAGUGGCCUGAAAGGAGGUGUUCAUUUAACAAAAGACCCCAAAGUUGUGGGACAGCUGGCUAAACAGAUGAUUGGGUAUAAUCUAGCAACAAAACAAACUCCCAAAGAAGGUGUCAAAGUUAACAAGGUGAUGAUUGCUGAAGCCCUGGACAUUUCCAGAGAAACCUACUUAGCGAUUCUGAUGGACCGGGCCUACAAUGGCCCUGUGCUGGUGGGCAGCCCCCAGGGCGGCGUUGACAUUGAAGAAGUGGCCGCUUCCAGUCCAGAACUUAUUUUUAAGGAGCCAAUUGACAUUUUUGAAGGCAUAAAGGACAGCCAAGCUCAGCGGAUGGCAGAAAAUCUGGGCUUCCUUGGGCCUUUGAAAAACCAGGCUGCAGAUCAAAUUAAGAAGCUGUAUAAUCUCUUCCUGAAAAUUGAUGCCACUCAGGUAGAAGUGAAUCCCUUUGGUGAGACUCCAGAAGGCCAAGUUGUCUGUUUUGAUGCCAAGAUAAACUUUGAUGACAAUGCUGAAUUCCGACAAAAGGAGAUAUUUGCUAUGGAUGACAAAUCAGAGAAUGAGCCCAUUGAAAAUGAAGCUGCCAGAUAUGAUCUAAAAUACAUAGGACUGGAUGGGAAUAUUGCCUGCUUUGUGAAUGGUGCGGGACUAGCCAUGGCUACUUGUGAUAUCAUUUUCCUCAGUGGUGGGAAGCCAGCCAACUUCUUGGAUCUAGGAGGUGGUGUAAAGGAAUCUCAAGUGUAUCAAGCUUUCAAAUUGCUCACAUCUGAUCCUAAGGUUGAAGCCAUCUUAGUCAAUAUUUUUGGCGGUAUUGUCAACUGUGCCAUCAUAGCCAAUGGAAUCACCAAAGCCUGCCGGGAACUAGAACUGAAGGUGCCCCUGGUGGUCCGCCUUGAAGGAACUAAUGUCCAAGAGGCUCAGAACAUACUCAGAAACAGCGGGCUUCCCAUCACCUCAGCUAUGGACCUGGAGGACGCAGCCAAGAAGGCUGUGGCCAGUGUGAGAAAGAAGUGAUGUCUCCUUGGGGCUGUUUUCCCAAUGGCUCCUUCAUUGUGAAGAAGAGGGUUGGGGGGGGGGAGACAAAACGGUUCACUCACUGGGAGAAAAUGGGGAAGAUAUGAAUAAGAAUCACUGUGAAAAAUCUUAGAUCUGUGUCCUCUUAGAUAAAUUACCCAGACAUCCUAGUCUGAUCUUACAUAUGUAGUCACUCUAAAAAUAAUGUCCUCUAUUUGCAAGCACUUGCCAACUUUGGGGAACAGUCUCUGGCCCAAUAAUGUGCAUAUAUACACAAAUUUAACUAAGGCAUGCCUUGGCUCAUUGAGAAGAAUAUUGAUGAAUAUUUACCUUAUGGUAG